UUUCAUCUUUCCACCUCCAUAUCAUCGAUUACCGCCAUAUUGAAUGAUAUACACAGUUAAUGACCCUUCACUCUACCCACUAAACCCACUUUGUUGAUCGAAAACCCUAAUCGUUCAUUGAAAUCUUACAUUUGAUCAUCAACCGAAAUCGUAAGUUUGAAUCCACGAGUAUGCUCCAAAUGUGGGAAAUCAGGCCAAGAAAUCAGUGUUUUGAUGCAAUCCGAAUUUACGAAGCAUAUCCCACGAUGUUCACUAUUGAGCUCCAUCAUGGAGGGAGGUUCACAAAAUUCCCAGCGAUAAGCUACAUUGAAGGAAAAUUAGACCAUAUUGACUUGGUAGACAUGGAUGAGUUCUCUGUGCAUGAGUUGGACAAGUUGAUGCUAAAGCUUGGUUAUGAGGUACCACCAAUCAUUUACUACCACUAUCAAUUGCCAAAUGGCAAUUUGGAGUUUGGUCUUAGAGCUCUAGGGAAUGAUAUUGAUGUACUUAGUCCUGCACAGUACAUUGAACAUCAUAAGAUCAUCAAGGUAUACAGUAAACAUAAUGAAACUAAGUUACUUACAUACUUUAUGUCUCCAAGAGUUAAACCUAGGGUCAUAAUUGAGGAAAUAGCAGAUGAUGUGCCCACUACAAUUGUUGGUGAUCAAGAUGUCCCAAAUCUUGAAUUGUGUUUAGUAAGAUAUGAGACAACCGAAUACAAUUCAAAUAGGAGAUUGAGGUUAGUUGAAGGGUUUCAAUCAUGUAGUAAGAAAUUGUGUUUCAACUUGGAACACACUGCAACUGUUGGUGAUCAAGAUGCACAUGUUGAAAUUGGUAAUGAAGGUGCAAAUAUUAGUGAGCAAGGUGCAACUGUUGGUGAUCAAGAUGCACAUGUUGAAAUUGGUAAUGAAGGUGUGAAUAUUAGUCAGCAAGGUGCAGCUAUUGGUUAUCAAGAUGCAUAUGUUGAAAUUGGUGCAAAUCUUGGUGACCAAGAAGUAAAUACAAGAGAGUUUGAUACCUUUGAUGACCAACCAUUUCAAUUCGAAGACUUUGAUCCUUUCUUUGAUCAAUAUACUUUUAAUGAUGGUAAUGAUCAGAGUAUGGGAGUUGGUGCAGAACUCGGCACAGGACUAGGUGAAGUUCAAUUUGAAAGUGAGGGAGUUUGUGAAGGACUUGGUGAAGGAGUAGUGAAGGGGGGCAGUGAAGGGGUUAGUGAAGGGACUGAGGAAGACAUUGACUUUCUUGAAGAUGAAGAAAACUAUGUAAGUGAUAUUGAGGUGGACAUGAGUGAUUUGUAUACGAAUGUUGAUCUAGAUGUUGAAUAUGUUGAUAGAGGAAAAGGUGUUGAGACUGAAAAUGAAGUUGUUGAUACAGAAGAUGUUGAAGUAAUUGAUAAUGAUGAAUGGGACUCAUUAGGUGAAGAUAGUGAUGAUGAAAGAAGGAAAGCAAUAUUAAAACAGAUAGUGAAGGAGAAGAAAUGCUCUCUUGGUGAAGUCCAUGCAGUAAAUUUUCAAGUGGGUCAAAAGUAUAAAAGUAAAAAGGAAAUUAAGGACAAAGUCAACAAACUUGCCAUUGAGACUAGAAGGAAUCUUGGCUUCAAGAAAAAUGACAAAACAAGGCUUACUGUUGUGUGUAAAGGUAAUGUACCUAAUGUAAAUGCAAGUGGGGUAGGUAAGGGCAAUAAAUUAAAUUGUUCUUGGUCAAUGCAGACUUCACAGUCAAAAGAUAGUGAUUAUUGGUAUGUGAAAACCUUACUGGAAAAACAUACUUGUGUUCAAACUAGAAAACUUAGGGCUUGCACUGCGAAGUAUAUAUCUGCAGAAAUCUUAAACAUGGUUGAGUCUAACCCUACAGUACCCCUUCAAAGCAUUCAAGACCAAGUUCAGAAGAGGCUUCAAGUUGGUGUGUCCAUGAAACGUCCAGAAAUUCGAGACUAA